UUAUAUUAUUUGUUUUAAGUUUCACAUUUCUAACUAAAUCCUUUCAGGAUAUCUUCAAUGCGCAUAUGGACCUGCUUAACUCGGCAGUAUGCUCCAAAGAGUGGAUCCUGGGUCUCCAUAUGACCCAGCUCAUCCUGCUGAUCGUGGGCAAGUGGCUCCUCCCCAUAGGGGGCGGAGUCACCAGGGACGAGCUGUCUCAGCUUCUCCUCAUAUUCGUUGGAUCUGCGGCAGACAUCCUAGAAUUCACCAGUGAGACACCAUCACUUGGAUCCAACGACAGCUUUCAGCUGAUCUACUUUAAACUGGCGGUCUGGACCUGGAGCAUGUUGCAAUUCCCACUACAUCUAUCUGUGGUCAACAACAAGCCGGAAGACGAGGGUGACCGAAGCAUCUCGCUACUGACCAGACACAGCAAAGACCUGUGGACUAUUGUUCAGGCCCUGUUCAUCCACGACGGGCCUUUCCUAGCGGUCAGGCUCAUUGUCCUCAUACAUUUCAAAGUCAUCAACCAGAUGCUGGUCUUCUUUGCCAUUAAGAACCUGCUGAUGCUCGCCCUGAACGUGUACAGGCUGGUGGUCAUCUGCCAGGACUCCAGGUCAGAUAAUGGUAUAUGAAGACACACAUACAUCAUCACACACACGCGUACAAACAAACAAAAUCACAAUCACACACAUGCUAACUCACUCACCCACACACAACACACACACACACACACUCACUAUCUCGCUCACUAACACAUAGACACACAAAUACACACCAGGGAUGGAAAUUAACUUUUUUGCCCACCAGCCACUGUGGCAGGUAGAUUUAAAAAUCUACCAGCCACUCAUCUUUUUUACCAGCCACUUUUUUUUACGCUAUAUAUAUUUUUUAUAUAUGCGUACAUUUUAAACAAUAUAAUAGUAACAAUAGAUACGAAAAGUGUUUUCAUAUGCAUCUUUUUUUCCAUCAGAAGUGAUUUUUACUGUAAGUGGGUUCUACCAAGGAACUGAGUUGAAAACGUUACACUCGCAUAUGAUAAACAAUACACAGGUAUCUGCCAUG